UACUCGAUCCACGUGACAGCCGUCGAUCGAACGUGCCUUUCGUUCGACGCUAUCUCGUGGCUUUCAACGUGCGAAUUCGAGUUUGUGUAUACGUGUGCGUGAUGUACGUGCGUGCGUGCGUGUCUGUUCGCCUGAUAUAACGAGAGCGAGACGAGAAAGGAAUAGAAAAAAAGGGGACGUGAGAAAGAGCUCGUUCUUGGUCGCCUAGCCUCGUCAUUUGUUUAAAGAAAGAAAAACGGAAUAUACUUAAUCGAGAAGCAGAGAAUCAAUUAGCGAAGAUUCGCUUAUACGGAAUUAUUUCUUGACACUAUCUAUGAAAAUAGAGGCGGGACUUGUCGAUGGCCAAUAGAUCGACAGAUGAUCAAAAGCGGAGCGGUACGUCUUAGAUUAGGUAUAUAUAAGAUGAAUAAGUAAAAACAGCUGAUUCUGUGGAGCCGAUAAAAUCGCGUGUAGAGAUUUCUACGUGCUCUCCUGUCUACGGGCGUAUCCGCCGAUCGGAGCACGUACACAAACAUGUGUACACACACACAUAAACGUGAUAGCGCGUAGCGCGCGUUUUACGAGAGUGACCGCGUCGUCGGCGUCGCCGGCGUCGGGAGUGAAAAGGCGGUCGACCGCUUUGGCUGCUUUCACCGACCGCGCCAGGUGGAAUUAAUGCCGCCGAUCGCGCUUUAACGUUCCAUUUCGUCGUCCGUGUCUUUUUUCUUUCUCUCUUUCUCUCUUUUUUUUUAUGUUCGUAAAAAAUGACGCUCGCCCGUCAUUGAUAAUCAUCGUUGAAUACAUAUCUCCGUUCGAAUAAGGUCAAUGUGCCAACGUGAAAAAUCGAUCGAAAAGCCACGAUCAGAAUUGUGAAUUUUACGCAGUCUGAAUCAUCCACAGUAUACGCAACGUCAAAUCGACAGUGUCGCGAGAGGUUCCUUCGGUGUUUUGAAGUUUGCGGACACCGGCAGCGUAACCUUCGGCAACCUCGUCAGUGUACAAUAUUGAAUUGUAUAAUAUUGAAACAACCGCAAAACACUCGUAGCGUGUGUUCAUUCGCUCGCGUAUACUUGAAUUCUCAUUAGACACACCCGAUCCGUGGAUAUCUAAUCGGCGAGUAGCGUUAUCUCCGGUCAACGCCAUCGCGGGAUAACCGAAGCGAUUCUUCAUAGAACUGAUUUGUAAAAUCGGUGAAGACACAUAUAUAUAUGUUCCUUCACACAUCGUCUCCUUCCGAUUCUGCUGGUAUAUAAGAUAUAGUAAUUCGCGGAAUUUCGCGGAAGUGAGCGAUGAUCCUCUCGACCUGGCAUUAACGAUAUCAACGGGGAAAUCAACGUCUCUCAUCGCCGAUCGAUGUAUAAACCAAGUAAAUACUUAAUCUAGACGCGAGCUGACCUUCGACGUGACCCCGAUACGAAAUAUACGUGAGAGCUCGACGCUCUCUGCGAUGCGCAUUACGCGAUUGUGAACUGUUCGUCUUAUGGCCGUUAGAAUGGAAACAGCCAAGAUGUACAUUAGCAACGAACCGCAGAAUGGUCACACGACUACCAAAUUUGCCUCGACGAACUCCAUUCCGGCAGCGAUCAUGGAACAGGAGUCGUCGUUGGCGAGAAUCCUCGGCGCAGUCGGCAAGCAACGCGAGAACGCGGCGAUUCUACGGGAUUCGAAGAAUCGCCGGCACAGCGUCCUCGAGGAUCUGAAGGCUCGACGGGACAGCCUCUUUCAGAGGGCUCGUCGGGCCAGCGUGUUUGACGAUAAGGAUAACAAUACGAAGGAUAACAACCUCAAGAACAAUACCAAGGAUAACGUGAAGGACAAUAAUGCGAAGGAUAAGCCGAAAGACAAGAGGAGGAGCAGCGACAGCGGCAGAAGAAGCUCCGUGUUUUACGUGUCCGAGGAUCUAUUAGAGGAGAAUCAGGAAGCGCCGGAGAAGGAGGAUUGCGAUCUCGCGAUCCAGGAAGCCAAGAAGGGACGCCGCAAGUCCUGGCAUCCGCUCGUUAAGCCACCCAAGUUGGAUCGGAAGAGGAGGAAGGGCGUAUCCGGUAUUCCUUCGCAGACCGGUAGCACGGAAGGGCUUUACUCGCAGAAUUACGUGCGUCAGAAGAGACCGUCCUGGUGGAACAUCUUUGUACCGGACUCGGUCGUCAGGUCCAGACGAAUGUCCCAGGAUGUCACCUCUUCGAAAUCGACGGAGAACCUUUCAAUGUCUUAUUACAGGAGCAAGAGUCGUAGCGUGGAUCAUGGAUUUACGGCACCCUUCGAUUUGGAUUCUUUGCGGAACAAGGUUGAAGGACGCUUCGAAUCUGUCGAUAAGCUCACGAAAGAUUCCGAUAACGAGAGCAAAGAUGGUUCCACGUCGCAGGAGAAGAAGCACGGUCGCGUCUCGCAGCCCAUCAACACCAUUGCCUAUACGGUGGGCGACAGAGACACACUUACAUCAGUGGCGGCGCGAUUCGAUACGACGCCAUCCGAGCUGAGCAAAUUGAACAGGCUCGGAAGUACUUUCAUUUAUUCCGGUCAGCAAUUAUGGGUGCCGACGAAAGGAGAAGGACGCCCUGGAGGCGAAUCGACCACCAACGUGCCCAGCCCUGAUCCUUGUCACGAUCAUGAAUCCCAGGACGACUUACCACCCGAAGAAAAAGAACUUUUGGAUAAUCUAAGACCAGUGUCACCAAAGCCAGGCCAUAUGGAGCGUGUAAAGACACCUCUUGGAACUUCCAGUGGAAUUACAGAGGAAGAUGAGCAACCGUUUAGAGAAAGAUUUCUAAAAAUCAAUGUUAGGCAUAUCACAGAUGGCCAGGGUGUAGUUGGAGGUGUGUUGUUAGUCACACCAAAUGCCGUUAUGUUUGAUCCUAAUGUAUCUGAUCCUCUUGUUAUUGAGCAUGGUGCUGAAUCAUAUGGAGUGAUUGCUCCAAUGGAAUUUGUAGUUAAUGCUGCGAUUUAUUAUGAUAUUGCGCAUAUGAGAGUCUCUCAUACCGAGUCUGGACAUUUGGACAAGAAACCUGAAAUUUAUUACAUGAAGAAACCCCAAAUAGAUAAUCGUAAAUGUCAAUCUCCAGGAAAGGAUGAGAAUUUUCCUGAAUUAGCCGGUGAUGAUAGUGAGAGUGUAUGUAGCUGUGCAGAGAGAGAUGGCGAUGCUUUUCCAAAGGCCUUUGAGAGAGAACUUGUUACUCCCACCAAUCUCCAAAGUGAGGAGAAUUCAAAUUCUACCAAAGAGAAGGAGAAAGAUAAUAGUGACAAAGAAUUUUGCAGUGGCGGUCAAGCUAGUAGAACAUUAGAAGAACGCAGACGUUCCAUGCUUGAUCAUCAUUGGGCAGUUCCUAGUAAAGAUCGAACAUUCUCUGUUGAUGAUGAACAACAAGAUUCAUUAAAUUCUGAUAAGAUGGAACCAGCUAAAUCCAAUGCCAUUCCUGAGGACGAAGAAGGAUCUCUAGUCAAAUUGUCAUGCCAUGAUUCUGGUAUUGAUAUCCGUGAUCCCAAUCCGCCUAUUCCGGUAGUUCAGCCUAUACCAUCGAAAAAAGUAUACUCAGAUGCAGACAUUGUCUUAUCUUCGGAUUGGGUUCCUCCGAUAACGAUAGCGCCAACGAAUGUUACGAGCUCGUUAGAUGCCGGUCCUACUCCUAUUAAUGGCAGAAAGAAAGCCAGCUCGGUAUCUUUUAGUUUGGAAAGUAAUGCAGAGGAGCCCGAAAAGGAUGAAGAACAUAAGGAAGAUGAUAAACAAGAAACUCGAAGGAACAAGAUGCUAAAACGUCUAUCAUAUCCAUUAUCCUGGAUGGAAGGUUUAACUGGAGAGAAAGAAGAUGAAAGCAGCAAAUCCAUCUCUGAUAAGGUAUCAAGCCUUCCGAACAGUGCGGAUUCUCAUCACUCUUCUGUUUUCAGCAAAGUUUUCUCAAGCUCGCCGAUCAACCUGGUGAGUGACUUUAGCUCCGGCCUGUUUGCUAAAACCCCCAGCGAAGAGAGUGGCGGUAGAGCGGGUGGAACUCCUCCGCUUACCGCCUCCUCUCUCUCUCAGGACUUCAGCAAUUUUUCACCUGGUCCAGGAGGCCUCAUUGGACGCUCUUCCGUAGGUACUUUUAUUAGACAGCAACCUUUAACAUCCUCCGGCAGUAGCAGCGUCGACAGCAGUCGAGGUAGUAAAACUUCGACAAUGGCACCGCGAUUGGAUUACCGCAGUAUGGUCUCGGUCGAGGAUAUGCCAGAAUUAUUUGUGAGUUUCGACAAGCUGAUCCCACGGCCUGCACGUUCUUGCGAAGACCCACCGUUGUAUCUGAGGCUACGAACGGGAAGACCAAAGGAUAAGAAAAUACCGCGAUCGACGCCUAUUAUGAGUUAUGGCAAAAAGAAAUUGCGCCCUGAAUAUUGGUUCAGCGUACCACGUAACAGAGUGGACGAUCUGUAUAGGUUUAUUCACGCAUGGGUACCGAAUCUCUACGGCGAACUGGAUGAGAAUUACUGGCGGGAACGCGGCUACAUUCUGUCCGACACCGACACAGACCUGUCGCCGGAAUUGUCACCCCAUGAGAGCGGCGAGGGCGCGGAUUCUACGGAGGAGAGUAAAGCUCGCGACGGACAAGGCGAUGACAUCACCGAGUUGACAAGGGAAUCCUGGGAGUUGAUCAAGGCCCCCUACGUAAAGCUGUACAGCAUCCUGAAGACUUCGAGCACAUCGGCCGAUUCUGAGCAGAUCCAGGAUUCGGAGGUACUCUCUAUGAGCGAGGAAGUGAGGCGAGUGCUCUACGCAAACAGUGCCAUCUCCCUGGACAACGAAAUCAUCGUGCCUGAUCUCAUCGGCACGACCGAAAUACUCAGCGAGGAACAUAGGGAACAACUCUGUCGUCAUUUACCCGCGAGGGCGGAAGGUUAUCAUUGGACUCUCGUCUUCAGCACCAGCCAGCAUGGUUUCAGCCUCAACAGCAUGUAUCGAAAAAUGGCAAAGAUCGAGAGUCCGAUCUUAUUAGUCAUCGAGGACACCGAAGGCAACGUGUUUGGUGCAUUAACCUCGUGCGCCUUACACGUGAGUGAUCACUUUUAUGGUACCGGUGAGUCCCUGCUCUUCAGGUUUACGCCAAAGUUCCAAUGUUUCAACUGGAGCGGCGAUAAUCUAUACUUCAUCAAGGGCAACAACGAAAGCUUAGCAAUCGGUGCCGGAGAUGGCAAGUUUGGACUUUGGUUGGACGGUGACCUAUACCAAGGCAGGACGCAGUCCUGCAGCACGUACGCCAACGAUCCGUUAGCACCGCGCGAAGACUUUGUCGUCAAGACAUUGGAAUGUUGGGCAUUCAUAUAGGACACGGCCUCAUGCCCUCAGCCCGUCGCUCCAUCGCCCUCUCCGCAACCCAAUUUAACCUGAACUCGUGAGCCUUACAAAGGUUUCGCUUCCCUUCCCCUUGUCUAGGAGAGAUUAGAGGAAGACUAAUGAUUCUAAGAUUGUCCAACAAGUUAAAUCGUAUCGAUGUUGCCACGAUACUAAUUACCUCGAUUGUCAUUUGGGAAUUCCUCGCCCAAUGUUAGAUAUGAUGAUUCUCGCAGAAGAAAAAAUGAAUUGUCACUGUCGACAUAAAGGGACAAUGAUGACAUUGCCUCAAAAUGGUGAAAUUGACGAGAAGCAGCCUCGAAAGGGAUGCGGACGGUAAAAAGAAAGAGGUUGUCAUCCAAAAUUAUGCGGUCGUAACGUAUGCUAUUUACAUGCAGAUUUAUGUAGUUAUCACGUAGUUACUGAUUAUCGUUAAACGUCCCUUGCUCUUCUGUUUUUUUUUUCUUUUUUUUAAGUUGGCGUAUUUAUUCUAUUUUUUAUAUUUUAUUGAAUGAUCUUUGCUCGUUAAAUUGAUUCUGUAAAAGUCGAAAGGUCGAAAGUCGAAGAAUUAUGAUUACUUUAUAUAUGAUAAUCGUUACUUCGAACUAGUCGUGAGUUUGUGACACCUCUAACGCUGAUAUAAAGAUAAUGAUGAUGAUGAUGUUAAUGUUGAUGAUAAUUAAGAUGACAAUGAUGAUGAUGAUUAUAAUAAUAAUAAUGAUGAUGAUGAAAGAAUGAAAGUGUGAAUGAUUGUAAACGAUAUGGAUGGUAAAUGCACGAGGCGAGAUAUAUAAUGCUUGAAAGAAAAUAAUUUACGAUUCAACACGAUGAAAAUACUAAAAAUUAACAAUUUGUUGAUGUGUAGAUAAUGUAGAUAGUAAAUGUAAAUAUAAAAAUAUACAUAUAUAUACAUACAUACAUAUAUAUAUACACUUUGAUUGUACUGCUAUGAUUGAUUUCGACGGUACAAUAGUAGAGAGAACUCUUUGCCGAACACUGUGUAGCUCGUCAUGUAUAAAGCAGAUGUUUAUUAACACGAAAAACGUACACAAUACGCAUAUAUACAUAUUAUGCAUACACAUGAGGAUUGAUACACAGAUUAGGGGAAGUGUGCUCUCGUGCGACCGAAUGAUCUAUGAUCUGAAAAUAUAAAAUAGUCUUAGUAGAGAAAGAGAUACCUCGUGCUAAUCUUACAUUUAUGAGAGAAAAACUAGGAGAAACCGGCAGACAAAAAGUCAAUGAUGUGCAAAUUAAAUCGAGUCAAAGUGUAUUCGAAUCUUGUCGUCAGUAAUUAGUAAAUAUGCUUUGGAGUCACGAGUGACUACAACGAACACACAUGCCUGUGCCUGCUUCGCUCUCUUUGUCUCCCUCCGUUAAACAUACACGCGAUUACUGAAGCGAGUUUCGACUUUCGAGCAUGAGUCCAUCUUAGUACCAGCGUACGAACUCCCUGAUGUAAAAAAAAGAUUGAUCAUCAUAGAGAUAGCGUAUCUUGGACGAAUGAAGAAUCGUCGCGUUCGUUUAAAUUUAGACUGACUUUGUACGACCCUAUACACACACACAAUCGUACAUUGUCCGAGCUUAUAAUCUCUAUCACGCGAGUAUCGCGAGGAAGUGCGAACGUUUUUCGAGAUAAUCGAUCAUAUGUAUACUCGCUCGUCACUAUUUAGCGCGCCUCGUCGAUUUGCAAAGAAACAAAGAAAGAACAAAAUUUUGUACACGCGUGAGAUCGGACAAACUCUCCUAGAACGUUAAGUCACAGUUAUUGUGCUGAAUUUCCAUCAUUUGAGAAGGUUCACUUUGAUGCGUGUCACGUUGUAAUCCACAUUGUGACAACCUUGAAUGAAUUACACGUUUUAUACCACAUAGACUUAAUAAUAAUAUCGCCAUAUCUCUCUCUCCCCUCCAUUACUUUAGAUAAAAUUUGUACUUCGCGGUCACGCGUUGUAUCGUUUCUACAAACUUCGGAUUUCGGAUCUUUGUAAUCUUAACAAAGCGUUUCUCUGUUGGUUGAUUGCCGUAUGACAGAAGCGUUUAACGAUGACCAAGAGUGCUUAUUAUACUAAACAACACAUGUGAGCACAAUAAAAUACAAAACUUUUGAUCUAUCUUUACCUAUUUCUCUCUCUCACAUACACAUACACACACAUAUAUAUAUAUAUACACAAACACUUUUUCUCUCGAUGUAACGCCAUCAAAGAACUGAGUUCGAAAGACUGAGCAGCCGAUCCAAAAUCGCGAAACAAGAAUGACCCAAGUGUUCGCACACUAGUUAGAAGACGAAUUAAAAGGAAAAAAAUGGCAAGCAUGUAAUCAAAGCUGUCAAUUGGGCGAUUAAUGGAGCACUUGAUGAAAAAUUCUAUCUAGAUUGAGACCGAUAAGAUUUUGAUGAGUUUAAUUUUCGGUAUUAAUGUAUGUGCGAAACAGACAUGAUGUAGAAGGAAUAGAACGUUAAGAGAGUAAACUAUAUGCCAAUCAAAUCGUGAGAGAGAGUCCACAAUAAAUACAGAGAUUAUUUCGCGUGCGCUAGAUCUAACAAAAUCUAUCAAGAUUACAGCAGUUUCCGAUUCGCGAGUUCGACGAAGCACAAACAAAAUAUUCGACGGCUUACUAGGAUGAUAAUUUUGAAUCUUAAUCGUACUUUUUAACGUGCGAUACACGAUAAUACGUUAUAUACGAUUAGCGUUGUUUAGAGCACAAAUUAGAGUUUAGACGUAACCUUGUGAUAUUAAGUAAAACAAGGAAAAAAAAGAGUUGCGCUUUCGUAGAUAAUUUGUUGAUCGCUUCGAUGGUACACACAGUUGCACGUGCGACAUCAUACACGCGCGCGCACACAUAUAUACACAUACACACAUAUCCCUCAAGGUAGAGGUCCUUCCUCUUCCGCUUCCUUGAUUGCGAAGCGCGCGUGCGACAGCGGAAAUAUUGCUCGAGGAAUCUAUAGAGUAGUUUUUUUUUUCACCGGGGAUUUGAAACAGUACGAAAAGAGUAAUAGUAUUAUAUACGCGAAAGCGAGAAAGAGCGAAGUAUGUGCAUCUGCGAUAGCAGAUAAUGAUAAGCCAAAUGAGAUGCUUGAGAAAAAAAAGAGUAUUCACGUGACCCUCGCCUUAAUGUAAAAAAUCAAGAUGUUAAUGUGCAUUGUAAAAAAAAAUAAAAUUAAGUAUGUCUGGGGGAAAUAAA